UUGCUUCUCUCGCGCGUUCUUACUUGGCAUUGGCUCACUCCAGUCGCAGGUGACUCGUUCAAGAAUGGGCUCCCACUGGUAUUCUUGAUGCCGUCAUGUAAGUUGCAUUACCUCGGUCCAGGGGCUUGGAUCAAUGUCUCACAUGACAUUCCUGUUGCAAACCCUGUCCAUUAUCUGUCAUCUUCGUCAUCUCCGUCCUAUCCGUCAUCUCUUG